AUGAUUCCUGAGCGCGAUAAGGCUCUUGAGAACGAGCUUGCCCGCCAGCAGCAACAUGAGCGUUUGCGGGCCCAAUUCGCUCAGCUAGCCAAUCUGGCCGGACCCUGGCUGGAACGCAGUUUGGAUGCUGUGCAUUCGAUUUUAACGGCAUCGUGCGUACCUCUCGAGGAUCAGUUAAAUCGGCUAAAUAAACUUGAAGAGGAGAUGAAUGCUUGGCGGCAGUCCAUGGUCGAACUGGAGCGGUGCAGUCAGGUGAGCAGAGACUAUCGGCACGGAGAUGUAAACUAUAUUUGA